UUGCUGAAAGGGUUAACUAGUGUGUCCUGCUUGAAUAAAAAUGAAGUCUGUAUUUCUGAUUGCACUUAUCUUGGCCCUGAGCAGCUGCCAAGGUGCCGAAGUCGCCGAACCUUUGGCAGCUCAGGACCGUUCUUUCUCUAGCGUGAUUCUGGAGGGAGUGGAAGCGUUUAGAGGAGUCCUGCAAAAUGGAAGCCCCAAGUACGGAGUUCCCGUGAUGGCCCCCAUGAAGCUUAAUGAAAGGUCGUUUGAAUUCAGUUCGGGAGAAUUCAGUGGUACCAUCGGAGUCGAGGGCUUUGAGCUGCAGGGUCUCGAUCAAUACGAAGUCAUUACCCUGAAAAUGGACCUGAUCAGGAGUCGUUGUGAAUUUGAGUUUAAUUUCGGAAGCGUGAACGUGACCACCGAUUACGAUCUGGAUAUGGGCAGCGGCUAUCGAUUCAAGCGCGACGGUGGAGCCUUCUUUGCCCUUGAAAACCUAAACAUCCGUGGAAGGGUCAGCUACUCACUGGGCGUGUUAUCCGGAAACCUUCGCGUGAAGGACAUCCUUAUUUAUCCCUCGGUGGGCAAUGUCAACUCGCAGAUCGAGAACCUCUCCAAGUACCGCAUUUUCAACCGUAAGUUGAACGAGGUCAUCGAGGAGUUCGUCACCCUGACAAUCAACGACAACACCGAUUUUGUCGCGUCCUGGGUCUCCGAACAGGCCACUCCCAUUUGCAACGAUCUCAUUGGAGAUCGUACUCUGAGUGAUAUUAUUGCUAUUAUCACGGGAGGCAACUAACAACACACAAUAAAGUCACCAGUAUCUCAACUUA